CGAAAGUUUUAUCUCAUGAAAUGCUCUCAUAAAUAUAUCCCGCUAAAAUGUUAUUUUUUUUCUGAUUUGUUUUCUCAACAUUUCCUUUAUUUUUGUUUUAAACAGAUCAUGAUGUUUUCCUCUUCCACGUUUAAAAUUGGGCUAAAGAUUAAUAGAAGAAAAUCGAAUGGGAGUCAUAUAUCAAUGCUAUAUCUUAGGGGUCAAAUGAUUUAUGUAAAAGAAUGGUCAAUGUUGCUUUUUAUAGGUAAACCAAAUUUCUCAGAAAUUAAAUCUUUUAUCGAUUUUGGACUAAAUUUACAAGACAUUAACUUAUAUGAUAUUAAAGUUGAGAAAAUGAUCUUAGGUGAUACAGUAUCUAAAAAUCUUUUAGUUUUAUUAGAAAAACAAAAAAGAAAAAGUAAGGAGUUAUCAAAAAUAGCCAGAAAACUCGAUGAACAACGAAGAAAAACCUAUCAACUGCUGGAACAAUGUUUACCUAAAGAAGUUGCCCAACAAAUAAGUCAAGGAAAACACCCUUCAGAAACAAUGAAGGCAUACAAUUCAGUGACAAUAUGCUUCACUAAAGUGGUUAAUUUUUCUAAUUAUUCUAGUCGAAUGUGUCCACAUAAAAUUGUCGAUAUAUUAAAUCAAAUGUAUACACUUUAUGAUUCAAUGACUGAAUCACAUAAUGUUUAUAAGAUUGAAACAAUUAAUGAUAGUUAUAUGCUAGUAUCCGGUGCUCCAAGUCCAUCAUCCCUUCAUUCAGCUCAUAUAAUUGAAAUGGCAUUAGAUAUUCUAGAAGUUACAAAACGACAUCUAUUUUGGCCUAGUGAAGCUUUCUUGGAUAAUUCAACGGGAAUUAAAGAUGAACAAAAUAUACCACUACAAUUAUACAUUGGUUGUCAUACUGGUCCGAUCGUUGCUGGAAUUGUUGGAUUUAAAUCACCAAGAUAUUGUUUGUUUGGCGAUACAGUAAAUACUGCAAAUAGAAUAAUGAGUACUGGACUACCAGAUACAGUUCAUAUUAGUUCGGACUUGGCGAAGAACCUUUUUAAAUAUCCUUAUAUUCUGGAAUAUAGAGGUGAACAAACAAUCAAGGGUAAAGGAAAAAUGACCACUUAUUUUGUUAAAAACCGUAAAGAAAACUUUACCAUGACUGAUACAACAAGUGGAGAAGAGUUAAAUUUCCGAAAAUUAUUAAAAGAAGAUGUUGACAAUCAUUGCAGACAAAUAGAUGAACUAAACUCUUUCGAUUCAGACGUUUGUGGUUAUGAUAAUGGAAAUGAAUCGAGUUUGACUACGCCUUCUGAAGAUGAAACAGAUAUAGAAGAAAUCCAAAAUAUUGACAAAACUGAAGAAACAAAUCUUAAAAUACCUGAAACUACACUUAUUCAAAAUAAUGUCUCCACUCAACUUUGUUUUAACAAUAAUCAAAAUGAACGUGAAUUACAGUCUAAAGAAAUGGAUUAUUUGCAAUCCGAAGAAAAUUUACCAAAAUCUAAAUCAAUAGAACGAAACAAUUUGAAAUAUACAAACAAACUAAUGAAUGAAGAUGAACAAGUAGAUUUAAUGAAAUCUUUUACAUCUUCUAAAUCGGUAAUAUUUCAAAAUAUCGUAAACCCAUUAACAUUAGGAUUAACAGAAAUCGGUAUUAUUCAACCUGAAAAUCCACUUCAAUAUCUAGGCAACUGGUUGUGCAAAUUUUCACAAAAGUCUAUGAGUGAAGACUCAUGAAGGUGCUAAUAGUGGG